UCUAAUAAUACUGUGCUUUAAGUUUAGUUUAGUUUUUUUUAAAGUAUGGCAGAUAAGUUUAAGUUUAUUAAGUGUAGAGAUACGUUUUUAGUGCCAAGCAUAAGUAUUAUGUGCUAAGUCUUUAGUUUUAAGUAUUUAGUAAUAAGUAUAAGUCUAAAGUGUUAAGAGUAAGUGUUUAGUUUAAGUUUUUAGUUAUAGUCAUUUGUUUGAAGUAUUUCAUAUUAAGUGUUACGUUUUUAGUGCCAAGCACAAGUAUUAAGUGUCAAGUCUUUAAUUUUAAGUAUUUAGUAAUAAGUAUAAAGUGUUAAGAGUAAGUGUUUAGUUUAAGUUUUCUGUUUAAGUACUAAGUUGAAGUAUUAAGUAUUUAGUGUUAAGAGUAAGUAUUUAGUAGUAAGUAUAAGUAUUUAGUGUUUAGUUUAAGUAUUUAGUAAUAAGUUUAAGUAUUUAGUAUUAAGAAUAAGUAUUUAGUGUUAAGAGUUAGUAUUUAGUUGAGUUAAGUUUACUUUCAUUGAUCUUAAUGUAUCUCACCACUGAUGAAUUGUCUUCCUCUGAAUCAGUUCCUGCUCCUCUGUUAACAGUCUUCUUACUCCAGCUUCAGCCUCAACAGCAACAGUUAUCACCUGCCAGAACACCUGCUCCACCCUCCAGCCUCCACCUGUUACUUCUACCAGACAAAACAUCAGCCUUGAGCUGCAGCCUGUGAGAUGACAGACUCCUCUCCACCUGCAGCCUCUGUCUCUCUGUUGCCUACAUCCUCUACCAGCAGCUUCAGCAUCAAACUGCUGCCUCACUCUUCACCUGCAGCCUCUGUCAGCAACCUGCAGCCAUCUCCUCCAACUGCACAUUCUGUUGAAUGGCUGAUGGCUGAACCUCCAUCUACAGCCUUUGCCAGUGCCUAUACCUCUCGAAGUGAACUGCUAUCCGAGCCUCCACCCACAGCCUCUGUCAGCAACCUGCAGCUUCCGCCUCCACCUGCAGAUUCCUACAGCCAUCUGAAGACGACCACUGGGGGAGUGGUCGUCUUCAGAUGAAGAUCCCCACAGAAAGCUGUGGCCAAACCUCCACCUACAGCCUCUAUAAGGAAACCUGCACAGAUGUUAUCCUACUGCCAUGUGGAGACCUGAGUGGAACAGCAAGGACCAGAGAAACACACGUGUUUUCAAACGUUGUGAAAGACUGAGCUCACACUCCUCAACAUGAACCUGACUGACUGUGAUGAUGCCUUCAUGAAACGAGAGAGCUCCACUGUACGUACAGUAUAGCAAUCUACCAGGAGCUGCUUCAGGGCCCUGAGGACAACUCCUUUUACAACAGCUCUGUUCCAGAGAUGCUUCCUCCUCCUCCACAUCCUCCACCUUCACCACCCCUCCUGCUCAUCGCCAGAACUAAGAGUGCCCCACCCCAUCUCAGCAACCACCACCAGUUUCUCCUGCAGCCACCGCCUAAGAGGAAGAGACGUAAAGAAAAAAGGAAAGGUAAAGGCGAGGCAGCGGAAGACGGUGCCCCUCAACACAAAAUCCCCCACAUGGCGGUGGAUCUGCAAGAAACGCCAGAUGAGAAGCAAGGGGCCGAGUCAUCCUCAGAAAAAGGGUCUCUAAUGGACACCCAACAGAAUGAACGAGAGAAAACAGACAUCGAGGGGAACGGAGUGAGCCAAGACAACACACUUGAAAUAACACCCACUACUGAUGACAACGCAAAAACCAACACAAAUGGUGGUGAAGAAAGCAGAACAAAAGAUGGAGGAAGUGAAAAAUUAAGCGAGAAAUCGUCCAAGACUGAGCAGAAGAAGAACGCCGACUCAGGAUCGCACCGUGCCGGGUUCGACGCCUUUAUGACGGGAUACAUUUUUGCCCAUUCAUGUACCCUGAACAAGAAGAAAGGAGUGGAAGCUGUAGGGAAGGAGGAGGAAGAGGAGUCCUGGGUUCCUUCGUGUCUCAAUAAGGUCUACCUCAGCGGUAAAUCUGCUCCUCUCAACGUGGUUAAAAGCACCUUCUCCAAAUCAUCCAAGGCCCAUGUGGCGAAGAUGGAGAUGGUUUGGGGAAAGAAAGUGUAGUGUCCACACUUGAACACAGUAUUUAAGUGUUUAUAUUAGGGCUGCAACUAAUUAUUAUUUUAAUUAGUAAUCUGCAGAUUACUUUUACGAUAAACUGUUUGUUCAAUAAAUUGUCCAAAAAUAAUAAAAAAGGAACAACCUCAAAAGACUCAAAGUCCAAGUGAUUCAAUGUUUUGUUGAGUCCAAACCUAUGGUCCAAACCCAAAGAUGUUGACUUUAAUAUAAUAUUUAACAGAGAAAAGCCAAGAUCUAAAAACUGCAUUUUCUGGCAUUUUUUCCAUGGAUAAUUACUUAAAGGAUACAUCAAUAAUCAAAGAAGUUGGUAUUUUUUUCUCUGGAUGCACCUAUUGAUUGGUCAAUUACUAGUUACAACUCCAAUGUACAUGUGCAGGUUCAAUAUCAAUAAUUGUUUAGCCUGCCAACAGUUUGGCUCAACUAUUUGAUGGACAGUGCUGAACCCCAGAGGGAUGGGUAGAUCCCCUUCCUCUGUCACUAUGAGGUUGACCAUUUCUGUUUUUAGUGACACAUUUUGACAAUUAUUGAAUAGAUUGGCUUGGAAUUUGGUCCAUGCCCCCCCCCCCCCCUCCCUCAGGAUGGAUGGAUUUAAAAAGUAAUCCCUAACUAGGGAACCAGGAUUUUGUGUUGAUUUUCAUUUGCCAUGUUUUAAGAAUGAUGGAAUAGGGGGUCAGUUUGCUUGUGGAACAACCUUUCAGUCUGGCAGUGUUGAAAUGUAAGUCUGUUUCUCAUGCUCUAUACUGUUUUUAUUUCUUUGUAAGACUUUUGUACAUUUUUACCUACUAUUAAUAGUAUUAAAGACGGUAAUAAAGUGCAAUUCAGUGGCAGCUGUUUUGAUCAAGCCAGGUAUUGUUUCUUAAGUUUCUCUGGAAAGAGCCAGAUUCUUGAUUUGCAUUCAUUCUUCAUUUUAGAUGUUUGUAUAAUUACCUUUUACAGGAGUUACCUUUUGAAAAAAUAAAUGUAUGCUCUUUAAAAAUGA